CAAAAAACUUCCAAGACCUGAAGCACCAGAUCACUUGCUCCAGGCAUCCUGUAGACAGAUGCCGCCUAAGAAGGGAAAGAAGAAGCAGGUCGACGACGACUGGGAGAAUGAGCUCGGCGAAGAUCUCGCUGCCGCUCCUGCAGCCUCCGCACCUGUAGAAGCGCCCGCCGACGAUGACGACCUUGGUGGCGGCUUAAUGGGUCAGCUUGGUAAGGGCAAAAAGGGAAAGAAGUCUAAGAAGAAGCAGCAGGAUGAUGAUUGGGAAGCUGAACUUGGCGAAGACUUGACUGCGCCUGCGCCUGCUGAGCUAGAGGAAGAGCAAGAAGAGGUACCUGCAAAACCUCAGAAGAAAGAUCCGACGCCUGAACUUGCGGUCGACGAUGAUGAACCUCCUGCAGAAUUCAAGGUAAAGACGAAGGCCGAGAAGGAGCGUGAAAUGAAGGAGCGUGAAAAGGCAAAGAAGAAGGCCCAAGCUGAGCGGAAAAAGGCUGCUGCGGUGGACACAAAGCUUGAGACUACACAGGCGACACCCGCUGCGGAGCCCAAGACUACAGCUGAAGCGGCAAAGGGCAAGAAGCCAAACGCCAAGGUCUUAGCAUUGCAAAAGGCACUCGAGGCGCGCAAGAAGGAAGAGGAGCGCAUUGCCGCUGAAUAUGCAGCUGAACAAGCUCGUGUGGAUGCUGAAAAUGCCGCCAUUGAAGAGGAAGAACGCAAAAAGGAAGAGGCUAAGCAACGGAAGAAGGACAAGGAGCGUGCCAAAAUUGCUGAACAAAAAGCUGCCGGUACAUUCAUGUCGAAGAAGCAAAAGGAGGCGGCUGCUAUCGCUGAACGGCGGCGGCAGGAUAUGCUUGAUGCUGGUAUGGUCGUGGAGGGUCUGCAGGGCGAUGUGCCAAAGAAGCGGCCAGUCUAUGACAAUCGCAGGAAGAAGCGUGGACCGGUUGCAGAUGCGACCAAGCAGAUGGAGACCUUGAGUGUCAAAGAGGAGCCGAAGAAGGUAGUCGAGCAAGCGCCUGAACCAGCAAAGCCUGACGAAAAGGCAGAAGAGAGUGAUGGCGCACUCGAUAGCUGGGAAGCAGCUCUUGACUCUGACAAUGAAGUCAAGGCAUCUUGGGAGGCAGAGAGCGAACCAGAAACCGAAGCUAGACCAGCGGGGGCACCAGCAGCUGAAUCUGAGAGCGAGGAAGAGAGUGACAGCGACAGUGGCAGCGAAGACGACAGCGAUGAGGACAGCGACAGCAGCGAAGAGCAAAUGUCAGCUGCUCAGCAAGCUGCAGCGAAGCGGCGUGCAGAAGCAAAUGUGGCCAAGGAGAAGCGUAUUGCAGAUGCCAAGGCAGCGCGGUCUAAGGACGACUUGCGAUCGCCGAUUUGCUGCAUCAUGGGCCACGUUGACACAGGCAAGACGUCGCUCCUUGAUCGCAUCCGCCAGACCAAUGUCCAAGGUGGCGAAGCUGGUGGUAUCACGCAACAAAUUGGUGCUACAUACUUCCCAAUGGAGAACAUCAUCAAGAAGUGUGCGGUUCUCGAGAGUGCCAAGGACUUUGAUUACAAGCUACCUGGUCUGCUUGUCAUCGAUACACCCGGUCACGAGUCUUUCUCGAACUUGCGAUCUCGUGGAAGCUCGCUGUGUAAUAUUGCCAUCUUGGUCAUUGAUAUCAUGCAUGGUCUUGAGCCGCAGACGCUUGAGUCCAUCAAGCUCUUGAAGGACAAAAAGACGCCCUUCAUUGUCGCACUCAAUAAGAUCGAUCGUCUCUACGCCUGGCAGCCCAUCAAGGAUAAUGGCUUCCGAGAGUCCUUGUCACAGCAAAAGAAGGCCGUCAAAAAUGAGUUUGACGACAGGCUGCAAAAAACAAAGCUUGCGCUUGCUGAGCAAGGUCUCAACUCUGAGCUGUACUAUGACAACAAGAAGCCUGGUCAAGUCGUCUCCCUUGUGCCAACGUCGGCCUUCACUGGCGAAGGUAUUCCUGACCUGCUGCAGCUGCUCGUCACGCUCACCCAGAACCGUAUGACAGAGAAGCUCAUGUACGUCUCAGAGCUUGAGUGUACUGUACUCGAGGUCAAGGUCAUUGAAGGUCUUGGAACUACGAUUGAUGUGGUUGUCGUCAAUGGAGUGCUUCGCGAGGGUGAUCGCAUCGUUGUGUCUGGCCUCAAUGGGCCCAUCUUCACAACAAUCCGAGCAAUUUUGACGCCCCAGCCCCUCAAGGAGCUUCGUAUCAAGGGCACUUAUGUCCACCACAAGGAAGUCAAGGCCGCCCUCGGUGUCAAGAUUGCUGCCAACGAUCUCGAAAAGGCCAUUGCUGGUUCUCGCAUGCUUCGUGUCGAGCCGGGAGAUGACGAGGAAGAGCUCAAAGAGGAAGUCAUGGAAGAUCUGCAAGACUUGCUGGAAUCGAUCGAUCGCUCUGGUGUUGGUGUCUAUGUGCAAGCCUCUACGCUCGGUGCGCUCGAGGCUCUACUCGAAUUCCUCAAGACGAGCAAGAUUCCUGUCAGUGGCAUUAACAUUGGCCCUGUUUACAAGCGGGAUGUCAUGCGAGCUGCAACCAUGCUCGAAAAGGCAAAAGAGUAUGCAGUCAUGCUGUGCUUUGAUGUUGAGAUCGACAAGGAUGCGCAGCUCAUGGCUGACCAGCUCGGUGUCACUGUCUUCUCCGCCGACAUCAUCUACCAUCUCUUUGACUCCUUCACCGCACAUCGUGCCAAGGCCCUCGAACAGAAGCGUCAGGACGGUGCUGCAACUGCAGUCUUCCCAUGUGUUCUAAAGACUAUUGCAGUCUUCAACAAGAAGGAUCCAAUUGUGCUUGGUAUCGAUGUCAUGGAAGGGGCGUUGCGACCAGGCACUCCCAUCUGCGCUGUUCGUACAAUGCCCUCUGGCGAGCGGGAGAUUGUUGAUGUUGGCAAAGUCAUGUCUAUGGAGAAGGAGCACAAGGCCGUUGACAUUGCACGGAAGGGCGCUGGCGGUACUGCCAUUGCUGUGAAGCUCGAAAUGGCAAACCAGCCUUUGUUCGGCAGGCAUGUCGAGCAGACUGAUUUGCUCUACUCUCACAUAACCCGCAAGAGCAUUGACACUCUCAAGGGCGAGGCCUUCAGAGAAGGCGUUUCAAGAGAAGAAUGGGCGCUGAUUGUGAAGCUGAAGAAGACGUUUGGCAUUUAAACUGCAUAGUAUAAAAUCGAUUCUUGAUGCUUGACUGGUUCGUGAGACUACCUGCAAGGUGCAAAAAGGGGCACACAUCAAGGAGACACAAGUCAGGGGACGUUUUCGAGAGAGACUGGCGAAAAGUGCUCCUGGCGAGAUUUGAA